AGAAAGAAAGAGGGAGAGAGAGGGAGGGAGAAAGAGAGAGAGCGUUUGCAGGCAAUGUAAUUGACAAGGCUUGCAGUGGUGAAAUAAACACGCUUCAGCCCGGGCGCAGCUUUUGGUGCACAAUUCUGACUCUUCUGACGCAUCGCACGGAACGCGGAGAGACCUGAUUUCAAUUACCUUCACCCGAUUAAUUAAUCCGUGUGAAAUUAUGUCCCGAUCGGCGCAGAUCCAGCCGGCAAGAUGAUGAUUUUACCAAGGAGAGGCUCAGAUCGUGUGCCCGACUCGGUGGUCCUGGUGAUCCUCGCGGUUGCCGCUUCUCUUCUUGGUACCGUUUUCGCCAAGGAUACUGCCUUUGUGGAAGUGGUUCUGUUCGAGUCCAGUCCCAAUGGAGAUUAUACUACAUACACGACUGGCUUGCAGGGACGGUUCUCCAAAGCUGGAGCCACUAUCAGCGCGGAGGGGGAGAUCGUUCAAAUGCAUCCUUUGGGACUAUGUAACAACAAUGAUGAAGAGGACCUGUAUGAGUACGGCUGGGUUGGAGUGGUGAAGCUUGAGCAACCAGAGCUGGACCCCAGUUGUCUCACUGUGCUGGGAAAGGCGAAGAGAGCGGUGCAGCGGGGAGCCACAGCAGUCAUCUUUGAUGUGUCAGAGAAUCCAGACGCCAUCGACCAGCUCAACCAGGUCGGCGAGGAUCCCCUGAAGCGGCCGGUGGUUUACGUGAAGGGCAACGACGCCGUUAAACUGAUGAACAUCGUCAACAAGCAGAAAGUAGCUCGUGCUCGGAUACAACACAGACCACCGAGGCAGCCCACGGAAUAUUUCGACAUGGGCAUCUUCCUGGCGUUCUUCGUGGUUGUGUCGCUGGUUUGCCUCAUUCUGCUCAUCAAGAUCAAGCUCAAGCAAAGGAGGAGCCAGAGCUCCAUGAACAGAAUGGCCAGCCAAGCCCUGGAAAAGAUGGAGACGAGGAAGUUCAAGGCCAAAGGGAAGGGCCAGCGCGAGAGCAGCUGUGGAGCCUCCGACUCCCUGAGCAGCAGCUCCACAUCUGACUGUGCCAUCUGUCUGGAGAAGUACAUCGAUGGGGAGGAGCUGCGGGUUAUCCCCUGUGCUCACAGGUUCCACAAGAAGUGUGUGGACCCCUGGCUGCUGCAGCAUCACACCUGUCCCCACUGCAGACACAACAUCAUCGAACAAAAGAAGGGGAAUCCAGGACCGGCAUGCAUGGACCCUGGCAACCCAGUCCACGGCCGGCAGCGGGUGGUGCUCCCUGUCCAUUACCCCGGCAGGGUGCACCGAGCCGGCCAGGUGACAGCAUACCCGACUAGAACCAGCAUGGACCCCCACGGCAACCCCAUCACCGUGCUCACUGUGGACCAGCACCCUGACCCUCAGGGUCUGUACCCACCCCAAUCAACGUCUGCCUUUCUCAGGAGCUACCACCCCACCCUCCAUCUGGACCACUCACUCAACCCUCAUCACUGCGGAUUAGAGCACCGGGGACCCCCAGCCUACCCCUCCCAGCCCCACCAUGCUGCUUUUAAGCGACCGAAGUUCCACGGUCGUAAUUUUUCCCGAGCAGCUUGCUUCUCGCAGUACGAGACCAUGUACCAGCACUACUACUUUCAGGGCUUGACUUUCCCCCAACAGCCUGAGGGGGGCCAGGGGCCUGCUAUGGCAGGACAGCUUGGUGGAGGAGGGGUCCACAAGGGCCACCACAGCAGGGCCUUUCAGCAGGGGCUGUUGUACCCCACAGUGGUACACAUGGCUCCCGCCUCGUCUUCGAGGAUCGGCGAUAACGGCAGCACCUCUGGCCUGAGCUGUUACCAUGGCCACCGCUCGGUGUGCAGUGGUUACCUUGCCGACUGUCCGGGUAGCGACAGCAGCAGCAGCAGCUCAGGCCAGUGCCACUGCUCCUCCAGUGACUCCAUGUUGGACUGUACCGAGGUCAGCAACCAGGGAGUGUAUGGGAGCUGCUCCACCUUCCGCAGCUCAUUGAGCAGUGACUACGACCCGUAUGUCUACAGGAGUAAGAGUCCGUGUAGGGGGUCUACGGGUGAAGCAGGGGCUGCGGCUUGUACUACAGCUCUUGCUGAGGACUCGUCAUCCCCGGCUCCCUUGGGACAUGACUGCCUCCAGCUCCCUCCUGGAGCUUCAGGAUAUAACUCGGGGGACCACCUCUCCAACUGCAGCUUGGAGCCCAACUACAGCAGUCGCUCAUCACUGGAACCCAGGGAGAACAGCAACACUAGCACUACCUCAUUCGGGGCUCCAGAAGCUACUGGAGCGGACAGGGGGAAGGGGGCACAGGAGGAGUCAGGGGAGCUCGGGGCUGCAGCCUGUAGCUGCUGCUUCGAGGUGCUUCCUCCAAAUGUGGAGUGCAAAGGGCAGGACUCGGACCAAGCUGGGCCUCUGGCCAAAGGACGCUUUCACAGGGGGAUGGACUUUCAGAGCUCGACCUCUAAGAACUACUUUGCUCCUGAGCACUUGUGCCCUUCUGCAGAGCAGGUGAGCUACGAAGGGCUGCCCUGCUGCUUCUACAAAGAGAUGAAGGUCCACAGGGCCACAGCAGGGCGUUUCACAGAGGACUAUGCUGUUAAUGUGCAGUACGCACAUGCAGACUCGGAAGCCUGCUCUGGACAGGGAUGCUGUGAACUCAACCAGAGAAUACCCAUAAUUCCUGAGGACACAGAUUGUGAAUUGGGAUCAGGGGCAGAGACCGAAAGCAAUUUGUUGCCCAUCAGUGUCACAGUAGAGGCCGAGUCGCGGACAGGGGAGCGGCACGAGCCCAGGGAGGGGUACUUUGCCUCAGGACAGUUCAGAGGUCAGGUUUACCCUCAGGAGGAGGAAACCCGGGCUUUGUUUCACCCUCAGCUCUCUGUGAGCCCCACUGCGCUGGGGAGCAGUACUUCAACAAACGAUGGAGGUCUGGGUGUGUGAACUUUAGCCCAGAGAGAGAGGACUCAAAAGGACGUGUUUGGUACCGUAUCAGUCAGUCAAUCAUUGAAACCCUCAGCUGCCUUGUUUCUAACCUUGCUCUAUGAGCGCUUAAUGUUAUCAUCUUAGAUUGUGUGGAUUUCUACUGAAAUGGCCUCUCAUUUCUACAUAGACCGAAUAUCACGUUCAUUCCUGUGGCCACAAACAUCUCAGCACCAAACUAUGUCAUUGACCCCAUGUGCACCUGGUGUUUAGAUGACAUCUGUGUGUGGACGCUUCAUCUGGAUUAAGAAAAACUUACAUGCAUCCUAAUCUGUGGGAUGUCAGGUCUACCUUAACCCAUCUAAAGGUGCUCUGGCUCACAAUGUUUAAGGUUCAAAUUUAGGUCUUUAAAAACAGCUAGCAUCUGUAGCUACGCCAUAAUUUAGCACUGACCUCUGACCCCAGAAGAGAUCAGCUCCUAAUGAAGAUGAUUUAAAUGCAGUUUCUUAUCCAGAUGAAUCUGACUACAGAUGCAUUGAUUUAACCACCAGAUGUAAAUGGGGUGAAGUGACACUACAGGUAUAGAUGGAGGUUAUUUACUGAAACUACAAGUUGACUGGUGUUUGCGUCUUUUUUUUACCAACUCCCUGCAGCCAUCAGAGGUCAUCACUUAGUAACUUGGGCCUCCUCGUUGUGAGGAACAAGAUCCCUAGACUCCAUCUUUGGUGCAAGAUGUAGGAAUCUGAGAUUUUUUCUACAAGAACACUUUAAAGUCACAAACAUCUACAUGUAUUCAUGCGCACACGAACACUGACUGCCUAUAAAGCUUCAACCACCAACUCAAAUAGGUUGUACGGACAUAGCUAUACCAAAACAGAAAGACAUGAUUGUUUUGUUUCUUUUUAAUUUUCUAAAGCAGGGAAAAAUGGGUCAAAGUGUCUGUGACCCACACGUUUCUCUGAGGAGAAGAAGCUAUAUAUUACAGAGAAAAUGCAUAGAAAUGUGAAUGCAAGGCUGACACUGGUCUCUAUUGGAUAUGAUACUGAAUUUGUUUUAUGCAUUGCAUUUCUGUCCAGUUGUGGCCUACCUGUGUGAGACGUGCCAGAGCAACAUGAAAGCCUUACGCUGGUUAAGCUAUUUGUAGCAAUAUCUUAAGACGCUGCCCUGCUUUCGGUCUCACCUCGGAACCGAAGGCGGCCGGCAGCGUCUCGGGGUCAGAAGAUUUCGUUAAACGUAGAGUAAAGCACUCUACCUCUUGUUUGGAAGCCCUUAAAAGUGUUUUUUGUUUUGUUUUUUUGCUGUCACUUAUCCAAUUUUUCCUCAAUGAGGCGUGCUCUCUUAAAUAUAAGUAAAGGUUCUAGCAUGUAUCAAAAGGCCAAAGGAAAGUAGCUGGAAAAUACUCAUUUUUUUCAUAAGGGUUCCUUAUUGUACUGUGACUUUUUUUUUUUAAUAAUGCAGUUAUACAUACCACAGUGUAUCCGUUUGAAUCAUAUUGUGCCAUGCAUAAUACAUACUCGCGAUAUCAAUGCUUGUCAUUCAUGCCUUUCUGUUUGUCCAGCAGACUGUUUUUAUACUGUUUCUAUGAAAUAUACACAUUCUCUAUACACAGAGGACAACUUUCUGAAAUAACCCUAUUUAUAAGUUAACCCAGUGCUGUAAUCAAGUGAGAAUCUAAUCUUGCCUUUUGCAUAGAGAUAUGUACCUACUGCAAAUAUAACAUUUUGGGGUACUUGAGUCACUAUUUAAUUUUUUGUUAUUGUUUCUAGCACUUAAGAAGAUUAAAAUGUGUACAAAAAUUAAUAUUUUUUAAUUUUUUAAGAGUAUAAUUAUUUUCUGUCAUUACCAUUACAAAUGUUUAAAAAAGGCUAGAAAUCAAUCUGUGUAUAUUUCUGUUCCUGUAUAGCAAACACAUUUCAUAAAUGGAAAUAUGUUCUCUGAAUAUUUAUUUACUAAUAUAUUUAUCUUUAAGCCAUGUCUUAUGUUCAGAGUGUAUGAACGUUUGAGUUCUUUGGUUGCUUUUUAUUUUGAGAAAAAUCACUAACAUGAGACUUUGUAUAUACAUGGUAAUUGCACACAAGACGAUUAAAUCUUCUCUGACCAAAAAACUGAUUUUAAAACUUUAGUACCAUACAGUUUUGUAAUUAAAGUGUACAAAGAUCUGUAAAAUAUACAGUUUUAUUCAAGUAA